AUGUUCCUCCGUACAGCUCUCGGGCUCCGUAGCCUCCCUGCGCGAGGCGGCACGGCUCAGCUCACGUCCUCGUCGGCAUGGAUACGCAUGUGGAGACGUAUGCUCGGCACGGAAACGGGACAGACGCUCGUCACAGGACUCAAGCCGGGCCAACGGCAGCAUCAAUACACGAGGCAUCUUCGCAAUCUACGACCCUUGAACCGGGCGACCUGCACUCGAACCGGCCUGUUCUUUGCGCGAACGCACCCGCGUGGAUUUCACUUCUCGGCUUGGAGACCAGACACGAUGCAGAGGGGCACCGCGACGCAAGAAAAGCUGACGCUGAGCCAACGGUUGAAAAGGCUGUCCAAGGAAUACGGCUGGUCUGCAGUCGGCGUUUACCUUGCUCUUAGCGUUCUGGACUUUCCGUUCUGCUUCCUUCUCGUAAGGAUUGUCGGGACAGACACUAUCGGCAAGGUUGAGCAUUACGUUGUAUCCGGCAUCAAGCAAUUCAUUCCUGAAGCUGUCCGGCAAAAAUGGCACGAGUACUGGCGCUCGCUCAAGAAUGCCGAAGUAAAUACCUUGGGCGACGACAACAUUACCGACAAGGUUGAAAUGGCCAGCUGGGGUGUCAAGGAGGCUCAAGAGUACCAUAAAGAAGAAGCUAGCUUGGGGACCCAGCUUGCUCUUGCCUACGCCAUUCACAAGAGCUUCAUAUUCUUUCGGGUGCCGUUGACAGCUGCGGUGACGCCCAAGGUUGUCAAAGUCCUGAGAUCCUGGGGGUGGAACAUUGGGAAACGAGCGUCACGCUAG